CUGGGGGCUGUGUCUGGCUGCUGAUGUGGAGUGGAAAUGGUCAUUAGUGGAGCUGCUCAUCUGCUGAUGCUGGUCCCUGGUAUGCAGCUGGAGCCUGGGGCGUCAUGGUGCUGAGAGGAGGGCACCCUGCGAGCACCAUGCACUGCUAGUCCCUGCUGCUGCUGCACUGCAUCCUGCUCCUCCUGUCCUGCAUUCUGCUCUACGGUACUGCUGCACUGCAUCCUUCUGUUCCUGCCUUGCAUUCUGCUCUCCUGCCCCUACUGCUGCUGCACUGCAUCCUGCUCCUCCUGCUCUGCAUUCUGCUCCUCAGCACUACAGUCCCCGCUGCUGCUGCCCUGCAUCCUGCCCUGCUGCUGUACUGAAUCCUGCUCUCCUGCCCUACAUCCUGCUCACCUGCACUGCUGAUCCCCGCUGCUACACCGUAUUCCGCUCUCCUGACCUCCUAUAUCCUGCUGCGCUGUGUCCUGCUCCCCUGCACUGUUAGCCCCUGCUGCCGCACUACAUCCUGCUCCUCCUGCCCUGUGUACCUUCACUCAGAACCCGUGUUGCCCCCUGUGCUCCGGAGGAUGGUGCUGACUACUUGGAAGAGGACUACAUGGGGUCUGGACAGGUUGUCUUGUCUUCAGGCCCUUCCCACUGAGGACCCCCGUUCUGUGAGCAAUGACUUCUAAGCACCAGUCUGACUGGAUCCCUUACAGUGUUUUGGACGAUGAGAGCAGCAGUUUGCGCCAACAGAAACUAGACAGACAGCGGGCACUCUUAGAGCAGAAGCAGAAGAAGAAGCGCCAGGAGCCUCUCAUGGUUCAGUCUAACGUGGACGGACGCACCCGGACUCGCAGGAUGAAGCAGUCCGAGGAGCAAGCGCCGCUGGUGGAAUCUUAUCACAGCAGUAACAGCAGCACAAUAUAUCACGUACAAGAGGCCGAGCCGGAGGACACCCAGAUGGUCACGGAGACCCAGCCUCCAAAGUCUACUAAAAAGGCCAAAGCGGCAGGGGCCGCCGGCUGUCCCUCUGGCAGUGCCAGGAAAGAGAAAAAGGGAAAGCAGAAAGGUAUUGAUGGCCCAGCUGCCUUCCAAGAUGAAGUCCAGGACACAGGUAGUCACGUGCAAAUUUUAACGGUGGGACAGUCCUGCCACGAAGAGGAUGAAGUGGAGACGGUGGCUGGCGGCCAACAGCAGAGCAAGCAAGACCUGAGACUGACCAUGCAGAAGAAGGGGAUAUCGAGCAGCAUGAACUUUGAUGAGGAAGAAGAUGAGGAAGAUGAAGACAGCUCCAGCUCCUCUCAGCUGAACAGCAACACCCGGCCGGGCUCUGCCACCAGCAAGAAGUCCAAUAAGGAGACCGCCUCAGCCCCCAGCCCGCCAACUAACGAACCAUCUGUUGACGUUGAGGACUUGGAGGAAUUUUCCAUGAGACCAGCUCCGCAGGGAGUCACCAUUAAGUGCAGAAUCACAAGAGACAAGAAGGGAAUGGACAGGGGCAUGUACCCGACAUAUUACCUCCAUCUGGAGCGGGAGGACGGUAAAAAGGUAUUCCUGUUGGCCGGCAGGAAACGUAAGAAGAGUAAAACGUCCAAUUACCUCAUUUCGAUAGAUCCAACUGACCUCUCUCGAGGAGGAGAAAGUUUCAUCGGCAAACUUCGGUCAAACCUGAUGGGCACAAAGUUUACAGUCUACGACAACGGGGUAAAUCCAGUGAAAACGUCCUCGAGUUUAGAGGCCAGCAAUCUGCGGCAGGAACUCGCAGCCAUCUGCUAUGAAACCAAUGUAUUAGGCUUUAAGGGACCACGGAAAAUGAGUGUAAUUAUUCCUGGGAUGAAUAUGGAUCAUGAAAGAGUUUCUAUAAGACCACGUAAUGAGCACGAAACGUUACUCUCUCGAUGGCAGAACAAAAACACGGAGAGCGUCAUAGAGCUGCACAAUAAAACGCCCGUCUGGAACGACGACACCCAGUCCUACGUCUUAAACUUCCACGGCCGGGUCACACAGGCUUCUGUAAAGAAUUUCCAGAUCAUUCACGACAAUGACCCGGAUUACAUCGUCAUGCAGUUUGGCCGGGUGGCAGAAGACGUGUUUACAAUGGACUACAAUUACCCCAUGUGUGCCCUGCAAGCCUUCGCCAUAGCACUGUCCAGCUUUGAUAGUAAACUGGCCUGCGAGUAAACAAGAGGACCCGUCCCAGUGUCUAUGUGGCUCACCGGAGGCCGGCAACCCGUGUCUUACACUCCCGUUUCCUGCGGGCUGGACGGAUAUUGUUCAUUCUAUGUUUUUUUUUUUUUUUUUUGCCAUAAGCGAUGAGAACCUUGGCGUUUACACACAGCUAAUGUUUUUAUUUGGAGAAGUUUUUCGUUUUGUAAAUAGACUUGUGAUCGCUCACAAAUGGGGAAACGUCCCCGAGUUACUUUCGUUAUGAAAUGUUUGCACCCGUUUCUACAAUUGUGGAAACUGUCAUUUUAUUUUUGUAUUUGUCAUUACGAGGCUGACGGUGGGCGAGGUACUUGGUGAUAUGAAGCUUUAACCAAAUCCCAAGGAAGAGGCUUCGCCAUGGACUGGGCAGCGCUAAGCGGUGACUCCCGCUUGGUGGCCUGAAGUGUACAGUAUGAGUCGCCUACGCAACUUUAUACCAGGAGCCUAACAAACGUGUCCUAAUCUUUCCUGUGCGAUGUGUAUUAGUAGCUGAAUCUGUUGCUAACACGUGCUAGCGAUGUGUUACUCUCUGGGCAGACGUUUGUUGUUGAUCACAGAAAGCACAAGUACUGUAAGACGACGAUAACCAGCGUGGACUGGAAUCCCCCAAUCCCUCCCCCGGCUCACGUCACGUCUCUGUCCAGGAGUUUUGUUCGGAUUUGUUACAAACCUUCUUCUUCUUUUCAGUGCGUCCUACAGACCCGCUACAGUCAUUGGCGAUAUUGUGGUUCUAAAAGUUCUGUAUUCUGAUUAUAAACCACCUUGUUGACCCCCAAAAUGGCAGGGAAGCCUUGACGGACUCCGUCACCUUCUCAUUUCUAAAAACUUUUUUGGCAUCAGUAAAAGAGGGUGAUCAAUAUUUUGAAAGAUGUGUUCUAUAUUAAAUAAGAUAUCUGGC